AUGCGGCCUUCCCAGUGGUCAGUUCUGGUUUUUGGGGACUCUUGGGCGGACUACAUGCAUCCGACCUGGCCGCAGGUCCUGGGACGCAGACUGGGUGCACGUGUGAUUAACUUCGCGCAAGCAGGCUCGAUGUGCGCGGACAUCCGAAGUCAGGCGCAGCGAGCCCUCAUCAGCCCGGAGGUCCCCAAGGCUGUGGGCGGCUUGCUCCAAAGUGAGACCUUGGUGGUCAUCCACACGUGCGGGAAUGACUUCAUCAUGAAGAUGGCAGAGGCCUUCAUGGGCGGCGGGCUUGGUGGCUUGUUUGGUGGAGGAGGAGGUGCCUCCCUGGCGACCCCUGAGAUGCUGCAGCCGAACCCGGGCGUGCGCGAAGCGGCGUUCAUGAAAGAAUUCCUCGAGUCCAUGCACCGCGCUGGGGCCAGGCACUUCCUGGUCUCGGGUGUGCCGAUUUUCCUGGACAUGCCGGUUUUCAACAUGGCGCUGCCGAUCAUCACGGGGAUGGUGAACUCCGGGCGCUUGGAGGCUCUGGGUGUGAGCCCCGGCGACCCGCCACGGCUAGCUGUGGAGGUGCAGGCCUCGGCCUUGCACGAGCGCUGGGAGGAGCUGGUCCAGGCCUUCAACAAGGGCCACCCCGACAGCAAGUGCAUCUUCUUCGACGAGGUUGCUGCGCUGGAGCGGCUCCGGCUAUCCUUCGGAGAGGUCUUUGACCGUUCCAUGUGGGACUUCAGCAUGUUCCAUCCUACUGCUUGGGGCCACGAGCAGCUGGCUGUGGAGGCGCAGCGGGUGGCCACGGAGCAGAUUCCCGGCCUGUCGGGAACGCCUGCGCAGCCUGCGGCGAAGGCCUCCAGCGAAGCCAAGCCCAAUGGCUACACGACCGCGGCGAGCGCGGCAGGCCCGGCGCCAGCCAACGGAGGUGCCGCAGCGCCCACUGCCACAGCGUCGCAGGGGAAGCAGAUCAAGGUGCAAGUUCGGAACGUGAAGGGCGACGUGUCCUUCGAAGUUCCUUGUGACAGUUCCUGGAACACAGCCCGCUUCAGGGAAGAGGUCCUGUCGAAGGCACCUUCCGGAUUCUCGGACGCCAACUCCGUGUGUGUCUUUGCCAUGAAGGGCAAGUUCCUCAGCGACGCGAGCACCGACACGCUGGAGCAGAUGGGCCUUCACGAGGGUGGGCAGGUCAUCGCCGUCAUCAAGCCAAAGAGUUCGCCGCCUCGGUGA